GUUCAGUCAGAGAAGCAGAGAAGAAGAAAAAUGGCGGCUCUAGGCGAACCCGAACGGGACGCCGGGCUAACGUUUUGAGCUUUGAAAGCUUGAAAGACCCGAGGGCUCCACGGGCUUCCUGCACCGUUUCAACCCUCACCGCUCCAGCUUUGUUGGGGUGCCGAUUUCGCUUGCGCUCAAGUCGGUUUAAUCCACGCAAUAGUUGGGAUUGUAAAAUAACAGCUUUCGCCUAUCAUGAGAGGGAAAAGGGGCAGGCCGCCAAAACCGCUACAAACCGAGGACUCGUCUCCGGCUACGGCGCGGGGCUUGCGACCUCGGAGGAACCUGAAGCCCCGGUUCAGGGACAGCGGGGACGAGGACGCAGAGAGCCCUACACGGGAGCCCGCCAAGUCGGCGAAGAAAAGGAAAGCGGGAUCCGUCACGUCAACACGGGGCAGGGGACGAGGUAGAGGCGGAGGUUGUGGAAGAGGAGGCAAAAGGGGCCGUGGAGGAAAGCGGACGGCUGUGUGCAAAACCGUGGUGUACGACGACCACGAGAGCGACGAGGACGACGACGCUGUCAGUUUGAGGUCGGAGGAGGACGAGUUCGUUGAGGAGGAACCUCAGUCCGAGGAGGAUGAGGCCCUCAAAGAGGAGUCAGAUUGCCUUGAAGAUGAUGUGCUGGACGAGGACGAGGAGGCGGAUGAUGCCAGCCACUGUACAGAGAGUAGCUUUCGGAGUCAGAGCACACACGCCAGCACCCCGGGAAAGAAAAAAGGCCGGCCUCCCAGACCACGCACUCCCAUCUUCGAGGAGAAGGAGAUUCCUCCUCUUGAGCUUCCUGACACUUCCCAGGAUCUGCUGGUGCCUAAUGAAGAGCUGCUCAAUGCCGCCUCCAUCUACGAGGUGCUGCGUAACUUCAGCACGGUGCUGCGUCUCUCCCCCUUCCGCUUCGAGGACUUCUGUGCGGCACUGGUCGGCCAGGAGCAGUGCACUUUGAUAGCGGAGACCCAUAACGCCCUCUUGAAGGUCAUCCUACGUGAGGAGGACACCUCCAACACCACCUUCGGCCCCGCGGACCUCAAGGACAGCACCAACUCCACUCUGUACUUUAUCGACGGCAUGACGUGGCCCGAGGUGUUGCGGGCGUACUGUGAGAGCGACAGGGAGUACCAUCACGUCCUGCCCUACCAGGAGGUGGACGAGUAUCCCUACGGUCCACUAGAAAGUAAGAUCAAGGUGUUACAGUUUUUGGUGGACCAGUUCCUCACCACCAACAUCGCCCGCGAGGAGCUGAUGUCCGACGGCAGCAUGCAGUACGACGACCACUGCCGCGUGUGUCACCGCCUGGGCGAGCUGCUGUGCUGUGAGACCUGCUUUGCAGUCUACCACCUGGAGUGUGUGAAGCCCCCACUGGAGGAGGUUCCAGAGGACGAGUGGCAGUGUGAGAUCUGUGUGGCGCACAAGGUGCCGGGUGUCACGGACAGUGUGACGGAGGUGCAGAAGAGCAGGCCCUACAUCCGUCAGGAGCCCAUUGGAUAUGACCGGCAUCAGAGGAAGUACUGGUUCCUCAACAGGAGGAUUAUUGUGGAGGUGGACGGCGAGCAGGAGAAGAGAAAGAUCUGGUACUACAGCACCAAGGCGCAGCUGGAGGAGCUCAUGGAGCGCCUGGAUCAGCAGUACUGGGAGACGGACCUCCAUGCUACCCUGGAGGAGAUGAAGGAAGAGGUGGAGGCCCACAUGGCCAUCACAGAGGACCUCACCAACAAAGCGCGUGGAAGCAACAGAUCCUACCUCUCAGCUGCCGACGACGUGAUCAUGGAGCACAUGAAGGUCCGGCGGGAAUUGCAGGAAGCAAAGAGGCGACCUGAGGACCCGAAGCAGGAAGCGGGAGCGGGCUGUGUUAAGGCGGCGGUGGAGGAUCCCGCAGAGGCCCCCUCGCCCAAAGACCCCGAGGCCAAGGACGGCGCUAGUUCAGAAGCCGCCGCGGCUCCCCCUGCUGCAGAGGAUGGCGGCGCGUCUGACCCCAGCACCGGGUCGGCCGCCCGCAACUCAGCCGCCGCCCCUGAAGCCGAGUCCAUCGAACCCAGCGGGGAGCAGCAGACCGCUCGCUCAGUGAGCCAGGAGAGCGGGGAGACCCCUCCGCCGGCACAGGACGAGAAGACAGAUGAAGCGGAGCCUUCCAGCGAGAACAAGCAGCCAGACGUUUCCCAAGAUCGACCGGAGGCGAGCAGCGGCCAGGCUGCAGGUCUCAGGAAACCAGAGCAGCCUGACCUGGCGGAUCGGUCCUCCCAAUCAUCUUUCACCAGCCAGGAUGGGACAGAGCACACCAGCAAGGUCCAGCGCGAUGAUGGGAGGCCGGAAGGACAGGAAUCCAACAGCCAAACGUCCAGAGGCAGCAAAGAGUCCUCUUAUGUGCACUCGGAGGGCGAAUCGUCGCGUCUCAGCUUCUUGAAAAGGGACCUGACGGUGAAUUUGAACAACCUGUUCAAAUUGGGUCAGGAGGGUAAAUACAGGGUCUACCACAACCAGUACAGCACCAACGUCCUGGCCCUGAACAAACACCAGCACCGCGAGGACCACGACAAGAGGCGCCACCUGUCCCACAAGUUCAGCCUGACCACGGCGGCCGAGUUCAAGUGGAACGGCUCCAUCUACGGCUCGCGGAGCCUGACCGUCUCCACCCUGCGUCUCACCAUCAUCCAGCUGGAGACCAAUGUCCCUGGACCAUUCAUGCAUCCAAACUGGGCGUCGCACAGGACCAACUGGAACAAAGCCGUGCAGAUGUGCAGCAAGGCCAGGGAAUUUGCUCUGGCUUUGGCCAUACUGGAGUGUGCCAUCAAACCAGUGGUCAUGUUGCCUGUGUGGAAAGAUUCUCUUGGACACACAAGGCUGCACCGUAUGACGGCCAUUGAGCGUGAGGAGAAGGAGAAGGGGAAAAAGCGCGAGAAAAAGCUGGAGGAUGAGGAGACGCUGCAACAGGCCACUUGGGUGAAGUACACCAUCCCCAUCAAGCACCAGGUGUGGAAGCAGAAAGGGGAGGAGUACAGAGUGACCGGAUAUGGGGGCUGGAGUUGGGUCAGUAAGACCCACGUGCCGCGGUUUGUCCCAAAGUUACCAGGGAACACAAACGUUAACUACCGCAAAGAGCUGGAGGCUAAAAUGAGGAAGGAAAAUGCAGCAGCUCGUACUAAUAAACAGAAAAAGUUAAUGGAAAAAAAGAAGCGGGAUGCUGAAAACGUACCGCAUGAGGACAGUGAACAAGCGUCGGUCACGGCUUCCUCUCAGAGCACCUCAUCAGAGGACGACUGCAAACCCCCCACCCCCAUGGAGGAAGACCAACCCACGCAAGAGGAGCAGGGAAAGAAGAAGGAAGAAGAGAAGAGUGAGGUUGAUCACUCUUUGGAGGUUGAUCCUUGCUCAGAAACUGCUGCUCCAAGUGGCGAGAAAGAUAAAGCUGAAAUCAAUGACCCUUCCUCGCCCUCUGUGAGGGAAGAACCAAUCGAGAACGUUGCACAGCCGAAGGAUGAGGCGACUCCCGCAAAGACCUACUAUGAUGUGGUGAACGUCAGCGAGGGCUUCCAGCUGCGGACAGCUUAUAAGAAGAAGGUGAAGCCUUCCAAACUGGAUGGGCUUUUAGAGCGGCGGGUAAAGCAGUUCACGUUGGAGGAGAAGCAGAGGCUCGAGCGGAUGAGACAGGCUGCGCUGCUCUCCAAAACGCCCGCCACAAGGCCUACAUCUGGAGUGAAGGCCGAAGGAUCCACGUUAGGAAAACAGCAGCCAGCUGUGACCCCGUGUGUCAAAAAAGAGGAGGAGGACCCUCAAGUCAAAGACCAUGUAGUCAAAAAGCUCGACUUUGAGCAGGGGCAGACGGAGAUGAAUGCCGACACGGGUGUCAAAUCGGAAACCACGGAACCCAGCCAAAGCAAAGCCACUGAGGUCAAAUCUGUGCUGGGAAACUGUGGGCAGACCUUAGCUCACAAAGAAGUGAACGGAGGACCCCUCUCUGGCCCUGAGCCCAACAGCAAGAACAAUUGUAUAUCAGAGGCAAUGGACAGUAAAGAGAAAACCCAGAAGCCAGAGGUGGCUCCAGUGGGAGAGAAUGCUGUGAAACGUGGGUAUGAGGAAAUGGAGCAAAGCGGUGGACAGAGCUCGCAGGUGGACCAAAGCAAGACCAGCCCCGUGCAGGUGAACGGGAAAACUGGGGGGUCUGAGCCCAACUCAGACCCAGCCAAACAGGAACACGGCGAUGUCAAAGAGCCUGUCAGGUCUCUGAUGAAUGGAAACCUCUCACAAGACGGGGUUUCCGACAUAUGCCACCCGCCUCCCCCAAAAGUCCCCAAAUUAGAAAACCACGCGAAAGGAGACUCUCUCGAUGAGGCAGUGGAUGUAGCCAUGGACAGCGAGGCGACGAUACCCGCUACGCUUCAAUCCUCAAGCCCUUCUUGCCUGAACAGUAAUAGUGCCGAUAAUAACGGCAGUACGAAAGGUUUGGAGACUUCCGCCGAAAAGUCUGAUGCGGCGUGCAGCGCAGUCUCCUCGGCCCCCACGCAUCCCAGCUCCAAGGCCUUUGGCCCUCAGAGGACUAAACUCCCGAUAGCCGACCCCAAGACGUGCCCCUCGCCCUGCUCCAUGACGAUUAGUAAAGAGUAUACCACCAAAGAGCGGGUCAGCCUUCUCAGGUUCUCCAAAUGCAAGAAGACCCGCUCGGGCACGGCCCUGCCCUCCUACCGCAAGUUUGUCACUAAGAGCAGCAAGAAGAGCAUCUUCAUCCUGCCCAACGACGACCUGAAGAGAAUGGCGAGGAGGGCCGGCAUCAGAGAGGUGCCCAUCUUCAACUACAACGCCAAGCCCGCCCUGGACAUAUGGCCCUACCCUUCACCUCGGCCCACUUUUGGGAUCACGUGGAGGUACCGUCUCCAGACUGUGAGGUCGCUGGCCGGGGUCAGCCUGAUGCUGAGGCUGCUGUGGGCCUGCCUGAGGUGGGACGACAUGGCCGUGAAGCCCUCUGCUGCUGUAGGGACGACACGGAAAGAAACCACGGACACCGAUGUCACUACAACAGAGAUCAUAAAGCGGAGAGAUGUGGGGCCUUACGGCAUCCGCUCAGAGUACUGCAUCAGGAAGAUCAUCUGCCCCCUCGGAAACAGAGACACUCCCAAAGAAACCCCCACUCCACAGAGGAAAGGCCUGCGCUCAAGCGCCUUGAGGCCAAAGAAGCACGAGCCUGCCAAGCCGACUGGGCCCGUAGCGGUGGAGACCUGGGUGGCUGAAGAGGACCUGGAGCUGUGGGAGAUCAGAGCUUUCGCUGAAAGACUCGAAAGGGAGAAGUCGCAGGGUAUCGACCCCUCCAAGUCCGGCGGGAGCCUAAAGACAGCCGAGGAAGUCAAGGCCCAUCUGGAAAAUCAGCUGAAACAGGCCAGGCUUGCUGCCCAGCAGAAACGGCUGGAGCAGCAGAGGCCCGGUACACCCGUCGGCACUCCCACAACCACCACCACCUCCAGCACUCCCAGCACCGGCCAGAGGACCAGUCAGGUCACACCCGGAGCCAAGAUGGUGCUUGCCUCCAAACUGGGCUCUCCGGUCUCCUUCCAGCAAGACAAGAACUUCCAUCAGUCUUUUACUUCCUGGAUCAAGCAGGGUCAGAACAACAACAACAGCUCAGCCUCUGUUGGCUCGGCGACCACCGCGGCUAGCGGCGUCGCCGCCGCCUCCGCGCAAACCUUCCCGAUCGCUGGCAGCCCAGUGACUGUGGCUGGCCAGGGCCUCGCCGCCAAACUCCCGCUUCCCGCUAACAGCAAGAUUGUCACACUCAACAUGCCCACUGCAGAAGGAGGCGUAGUCCAGCAGAAAGUUGUGGGCAUCUUCCCCUCCGGGCCCCCUGCCAACCUUAGGACGUACAGCACACUGCACCCAACGACUGGCAACCUCAACAUCAGAGCCAGCACCUCCUCGACCACACCGCAGCAGGGCGUCACAGCAGGAGGUCAAAUGCAGCCUGUCUCGACCCCCACCCCGUCUACCUCCGGCACAGCUAUGGCCAAAGGACAACCUCAGCCUGCUGCUUCUACACCUGUGCAGACGACUGCGGCUCAGAGGCCAGCGGGUGCUGCACCUGGACAGUCGCCUGUAGCCUCCUCCCAACCCAACAGACCACAGCAGGGUCAAGUUAAACUCACUAUGGCCCAGCUGAUGCAGCUGACACAGGGUGCUCAGGGUGGAAACCCAGGUCUGACGGUGGUGAUCCAGGGCCAGGGCCAGACCCAGGGACAGCUGCAGAUAAUCCCGCAAGGCGUAACGGUCAUUCCUGUUCCCGGUCAACAGCUAAUGCAGGCGGCCAUGCCCAACGGCCAGGUGCAGCGCUUCCUCUUCACUCCCAUCUCCCCGUCCUCAUCAGCGGCCCCUGCAGCACCCGCUCAAGCCCCUCAAGCCCCAACGUCAACACCGACUCAAGCCACAACUCCUGCGCAAGUCCAGACAACUCCCUCCGGCCUAGCGCCAACCCCAAUGCCCGCCCCUGUGCCCUCCCCAGUGACCGCCCCAGUGACCGCCCAAAUGCCAACCCCAAUGCCCGCCCCAAUACCUGCCCCUGUGCCCUCCCCGGCGCAAAUGCCCAGCUUGGCCCCCACAGUCCCUGUGCAAACCCAAGUUGCAGCCGCUGCCACCCCUGCACAAACUCAAAUAUCCACUCCCGUGCCACCCCUGCCUCAGGUUGCCGCUCAGGCCUCGAGGCAAGUUGUAUCCUCUGCACCAGCCUCUGUCCCCGCACAACCGCAAGUAGCACGAUCGGUGCCUUCCCCGGCACAAAAUUCGGGCCCCACUAUGUCCCAGACCGUCUUUGCCUCGGCUUCCACCCCCGCACAAACCCCAGUCUCCACCCUCACUGCAGGCUCAGUCACUACUCAAGCCCAGACUGUGGCAUCCCUCCCGGGACAUGUUACGCCUCAAGCCCAGAUCCAGACCCAGGCCUUCAGCCCCGCCCCUUCUUCAGCCUCGGUCUCGGUCAUGCCGGUCGCCCAGGUUGGCGCCACCACAGCCCCCUCCAACUCUGCCCAUAAGCCCACUUCUACCUCUUUCCCAUCGCCGGUCCUAGCUCCGACUCUUGCUCCCGUCUCCGCUCCUGUCGUAGCUGUGGUGUCCUCCCAUGUUAGUGUCCCGUCCCCGGCCAGAGCUCUCAGCCAAAUCCAGGCCGCAGCUCCUAUUCCCCUUCAUGCUGCUGUGGCCAAUGCGGUGGUGACACCAGUCACCGCCACCUUCACAACACCUUCAGUGCCAGCUCUGACGGAGCAGAGGGCAGCUCAGCCCCAGGUCUGGACUCCGUCCUCAUCUCAAGCCCAGACUCCAGUUCAGCUAGCUCAGCAGGCUGCAGCUCCGUUGCAGACACCCUUCCUGGCCACUGUACCCGCCUCUUCGUCGGCCUCCAUGCAUUCAUCUCCCGUUACCUCUCUGCCUCAAGCAGCUCUUCCUCCUCAAGCUCCAGGGAACGUCCAGCACCCUACUGUGGUAUCCGUGCAGCAGGUGUCUCAAAUCCCAGUCUCGGCAGUGCAGGUCCGUAUGGGAUUACCGGUCUCUUCUGUUGUUACUGCGGUCAGACCUGUGCAGCCUCAGCUUCAGCCACAGCGUCAGGCCCAGAUCCGUGCCCAGAUUCAGGUCCAGCCCUUUAGUCAAGUCCAACAGAUGGCUAACGUUCAGACUCAAGCGCAUCUCAAGACACAAGCCCAAAGCCACCCCCUGGUCCGAGUGCAGCCCAUUGCUCAAAAUCAACCUCAGGUGCAGUUUGUGUCCCAAACCCCAAACCAAACUUUGCCCCAGGUCCAGGCCCAGCUUCAAACAAGGGUGCAACCUCAGUACCAUCCGCAGGUACAGGCUUCCUUUCAAACACAGGCUCAAACCUUAAACCCGACUCAACCCCAAGUUCAGUCUCAGGCCCAAACUCAGCUACAGCCCCAGAUUCAAACUCAACUCCAUCCCCAAGUUCAGGUCCAGUUCCAGCAACAAAGUCACGUUCACCCACAACCACAGACCCUACAGCAACCCCAAGUCCAAACCCAGCCCCAGUUUCAGGUCCAGUCCCAGCAGCUGGCCCAGGUCCAGCAACAGCUUCAGGUCCAACCCCAAGCUAAGCUCCAAGUCCAAUUCCAGCCCCAGAGCCAAACUCAAGUCCAAACACAGCCUCAGCUUCAGGUCCAGUCUCCUAUCAGGCAUCAGCUUAUCACCGUUCCAGGCCUCCAGCAGCCUGUCCAGCUGCUCUCUGCUUUGCCACCCCACGUUGCUGCUCAGAUCCAAGCCCAGAUCCAGGCACAGCAGCAGGGUGGCACGGUUCCCCAGCAGAUCAAACUGCAGCUGCCAAUCCAGAUCCAGCAGACAGGGGGGCAAAUCCAGGCCCACCAAAUCCAGAACAUGGUGACCAUACAGACACCAGCAAGCGUUCAGGAGCAGCUCCAAAGGUUGCAGCAACAACAGAAACAACAACAACAACAACAGCAGCAACAACAACAACAACAACAACAGCAGCAACAACAACAACAACAACAACAACAACAACAACAACAACAGCAGCAGCAGCAGCAACAAAAACCAAAGAAGAAGAAACACCAGGAUGUUAAAAGGGAACAGAAAGAGCAGAAUCUGCAGGCCGUUAGCCCCGGGGAUGGAAUCCAAAAGCACGUGGCCGUGAAGCAGAACGCCGCGGCGGAGCAGCUGAAACAGAGGAAGAGCCUGGCUGCAGCUGAGCGAGAGGAGAACCAGAGAAUGAUCGUGUGCAACCAGGUGAUGAAGUUCAUACUCGACAAGAUCGAGAAGGACGAGAAGCAGGCGGCGAAGAAGAAGAAGAAAGAGGAGGUGGUGGAGCAGAAACGCUCCAAGCAGAACGCCACCAAGCUGACGGCGCUGCUCUACAAGCACAAGGAGCAGCUGAAGGCGGAGAUCCUGAAGAAGAGGGCCCUGCUGGACAAGGAGCUGCAGCUGCAAGUACAGGAGGAGCUGAAGCGGGACCUGGCCAGGCUACAGAAAGAGAAGGAGAAGGCCAGAGUGGCCAUCACUCAGGCCGCUGCGGCCACAGUGAAGGCCGCCGCCUCUCACUCCUCCCAUCCCUCGCACGCCACACAUUCCUCGCACGGCCCCCGUGCGGCGACCUCGCCGUCCUCGUCGUCCUCGUCCCACAAACGCAAGAGGGAGGAGGAGAGGGACAAAGAGAGGAGCAAAGACAGGGACAGGCACCACGACAAGGACAAGCAUCACAACAAAGACAAGAAGCGGGACAGAGACAAAGAACGAGACAGAUGUAAGGACCGAGACAAAGAGAGAGACGGGGAGCGGGACAGACAUCGGGACAAAGACAAUGACACUGACAGAGACCUGCACGCAGAUUCCAUAUCCAAACACAAAAAGAAGAAGAAGCCGUCUUCUACCCCAAAGGACCCCAAGAAGGACACCAAAUUGUACUGCGUCUGCAAGACGGCCUACGACGAGUCAAAGUUCUACAUCGGGUGCGACCUGUGCUCCAACUGGUUCCACGGCGUGUGCGUUGGCAUCACAGAGAAGGAGGCCAAGAAGCUGGAAGACUUUGUGUGCAACGACUGCAAGCGCGGCCAGGAGGGAGCGAGCAACGAGGAGUUGUACUGCAUCUGCCGGACGCCGUACGACGAAUCGCAAUUCUACAUCGGCUGCGACCGCUGCCAGAACUGGUACCACGGGCGCUGCGUGGGCAUCCUGCAGAGCGAGGCCACCCACAUCGACGUGUACGUCUGCCCGCAGUGUCAAUCCACGGAAGACGCCAUGACGGUCCUCACGCCGCUUACCGACAAGGACUACGAGGGGUUGAAAAGAAUAUUACGCUCGUUACAGUCUCACAAAAUGGCGUGGCCUUUCCUUGAACCCGUGGCGCCCAACGACGCGCCCGAUUAUUACCGCGUCAUCAAGGAGCCGAUGGACUUUUCCACAAUGGAAACCCGCUUGCAGAAGCGCCAUUACCACAAGCUCACCGAAUUUGUGGCCGACGUGACCAAAAUCUUCGACAACUGUCGCUAUUACAACCCCAACGACACGCCCUUCUUUCAGUGCGCCGAGCAACUGGAGGCCUUCUUUGUACAGAAGCUCAAAGGUUUCAAAGCAAGCAGAUUGUCAGAUUCUUAAGUGGGCCAGUCUAGCUGGAGUCUGGACAGGAUGCUGGGGUCUCUAGAAAUAAUGAAACUUUCUAUUUCCAGCAACAACAAAAAAAAUCUGUUGAUAAUAAAACAAAAACACCAAUCGUGCUUUCAUGUAAAAUUCCACCCAUUUAACAUUUUUUUGGUUACCAUAAGGACAUUAAGUCCAAUCCCAAUGGCAGCCACAUUGACAUGCAUCUACUUCGUAUCUGAGGAACACGUUUUCUUAUCAUUUCCUUAAAUCUGGCCUUUUUUGGCCAGUCCAUUGUGGUUUCAGUGAGUUUUUAAAUACAUUUUAGUUCCUAACUUGUAUUUGAUUUUCUGUCAUGCAUCGGAGUUGGAUAGGAUAAAGCAAUGGCCUUGCCUAAUAUAAAAAAACAACAUAAAAAGCUGACUAUUUUAUUAUCUAGAGAUAUUUAUGAGAAGUUCUGUAUGUUACAUCCAUUUUGAGUUUGUUUGAGCUGGUGGUACGGUGGUUGUCUUGAAUGUACAUACUUUUUAUCAUGUACAGCGGUUGUAAGAUUUAUUUGUUUGAAUGUUUUUAAAGAAUAAUGAAGCAAAUCCUUUUAGAUAGUAUUAUUUUAUGGGACUAAAAAAAAUGUAACACAAAGAGUUCCUUGCCUCACAAAGCGACCUCAGCUCGUAGUUGUGGAAGGUUUCGUCCCCUAAUGAUGGCAUUCCCAGUGAAUUACACCAACGCGGCUGCAGGAU